AUGACGACGUCGUUUGGGGGUACCAACACUGCAAUCCCCAAAGACCCAAACCUGCUUCGAGUUCCAACGAGUUUCAAUGGCUUCAAAAGUGCUUCCAACUCUCUUUUGCUCAGUAAACGCCUGCAUGUUUUUCGGUCUUUCUCAGCUUCCAAUGCGGGACCCACCUCGAUUAUCAGAGCCGUUUCUACGCCAGUGAAACCUGAUACUUCUGUGGAGCCCAAACGUAGCAAGGUUGAAAUCUUCAAAGAGCAUAGUAACUUCAUAAGAUAUCCUCUCAACGAGGAAUUAUUAACAGAGGCUUCUAAUAUUAAUGAAGCUGCUACACAAUUAAUAAAGUUCCAUGGAAGCUAUCAACAAUACAACAGAGAUGAGCGUGGUCCGAAGUCUUACUCAUUUAUGCUUCGUACAAAGAAUCCCUGUGGAAAGGUUUCAAAUAAACUCUAUUUGGUUAUGGAUGAUUUAGCCGAUCAGUUUGGGAUUGGAACUCUUCGUUUGACAACGAGGCAAACAUUUCAACUCCAUGGCGUUUUGAAGAAAGACCUCAAGACAGUGAUGAGUUCUAUCAUUAGAAGUAUGGGCUCAACUCUUGGUGCAUGUGGUGAUCUCAACAGAAAUGUUCUUGCUCCAGCUGCCCCUUUUGCACGAAAAGAUUAUUUGUUUGCCCAAAAAACUGCUGAAGACAUUGCUACACUGUUAACUCCUCAAUCUGGUUUCUACUAUGAUAUGUGGGUGGAUGGAGAAAAAAUUAUGUCUGCAGAACCUCCUGAAGUAGUGAAGGCCCGUGAUGAUAAUUCUCACAGUACAAAUUUUCCUGAUUCACCUGAGCCCAUAUAUGGAACUCAGUUCUUGCCAAGAAAGUUCAAAAUUGCAGUUACUGUGCCCACAGACAACUCAGUGGAUCUAUUCACAAAUGAUAUUGGUGUGGUGGUUGUGUCGAAUGCUGAUGGGGAGCCUCAGGGUUUUAACAUAUAUGUUGGUGGUGGCAUGGGAAGGACACAUAGGUUAGAAAGCACCUUCGCUCGUCUGGCAGAGCCAUUGGGCUAUGUUCCAAAAGAUGAUAUAUUAUAUGCAGUGAAGGCUAUUGUUGUUACACAGAGAGAAAACGGGAGAAGAGAUGAUCGCAAGUACAGCAGAAUGAAAUACUUAAUCAGCUCCUGGGGGAUUGAAAAGUUCAGAACUGUUGUUGAACAAUACUAUGGAAAGAAGUUUGAACCUUGUCAGGACUUACCUGAGUGGGACUUUAAAAGCUACUUGGGAUGGCACGAGCAGGGAGACGGUGGUUUAUUCUGUGGUCUCCAUGUUGAUAAUGGCCGACUUAAGGGGGCAAUGAAAACAACACUAAGAGAAAUUAUUGAGAAAUAUAAUUUGAAUGUACGCAUUACUCCAAACCAGAAUAUUAUCUUGUGUGAUAUCAGGCAAGCAUGGAAGCGUCCCAUCACUACAGCUCUUGCUCAAGGUGGUCUGCUGCAACCUAGAUAUGUCGAUCCCCUCAACUUGACAGCAAUGGCUUGCCCAGCUUUCCCACUUUGUCCUCUGGCAAUUACGGAAGCUGAGCGUGGAAUACCUAACAUCCUUAAGCGAGUUCGAGCAUUAUUUGAGAAGGUUGGUCUGAAGUAUAAUGAGUCCAUAGUAAUAAGAAUAACUGGUUGUCCUAACGGCUGUGCUCGACCAUACAUGGCUGAACUUGGCUUAGUUGGUGAUGGUCCAAACAGUUAUCAGAUCUGGCUCGGUGGAAACCCCAACCAAACUUCAUUAGCAAAACAAUUCAAGGAUAAGGUUAAGCUUCAUGAUCUUGAGAAAGUUUUGGAACCUUUACUCUAUUACUGGAAACGCAAGCGACUGUCUAAAGAAUCAUUUGGUGACUUCGCAAUUCGCCUGGGUACUGAGAAACUUCACGAGAUGGUGGACAAAUGGGAAGGAAUACCACUGACAGCAUCACGUUAUAACUUGAAGCUCUUUGCCGACAAGGCGACAUAUGAAGCCAUGGAUGCUCUUGCAAGACUUGAAGAUAAGAGUGCCCAUCAAUUAGCUAUGGAAGUAAUCCGCAACUAUGUUGCCUCCCAGCAAAAUGGAAAGUUUCUGAUCCUGAAUCUAUCAAAAAAAAAAGGAGAAAAUCCAGAAACAAGCAGUCCAGAAUUCAGAUCCUUCCCCAGCACAUGUUCAAUAGCUCCUCAACAGAAAACCAGUUUAUCAGUUAACUCAGCCUCCAAUUUCAUCAGCAACUUGGAAAGAAAAAUUCUCGAAUCUGUUUCUGUAAAUCAUGUAGCUGAAGCUCUCACAGACUUCUACCAGAUUUUACUGGAAAUUCAAGCCGAGGAGGAAUGUGCCUCUUUGCUGGAAGGUUUCACAAAGGAUUCCGUUAAAGUUCCCAAGCAGCAAGACAAUUAA